AUGGCGGCACAAGCAAUUGUGUUUCCGUUUGACACCAUCCGCAAGCGCCUCAUGAAUGACGGCAUAGACGGCCGCCCUAAGCUGUACAGUUCCACGCUGAGGUGCUUCAAUGCCAUCCGCCAUACUGAAGGCUUCCGCGCUUUCUACUACGGCAUAUGGCCGGCGACUUUGCGUAGCAUACCGGCUGGAGCGAUUCAGUUCGCUAGCUACGAGUUAAUGAAGGAGCUGUUUCUCACGAGAGCACCAGGGGCAACACCCGAAGCAGCCUAA